CGAGGUGAGGGGUAACCGGGUUCGGUGGAGGCCGUGGUGGGGGGGGGGGGGAGCGGCAGCGAAUGAGAUCGCGGGCGAUAGAGUGCAAGUGGGCAGAGGCAGCCGCACGUCGCAGGUCUGGCAAGCGCAGGACACAUGCCGUGGCUUGAGCGAGAGCGCGGAAGAGGAGAGCGACGGGGGAGAGAUCAAGAGGGAGAUACGAUUCCUCGGAGUUGCCGCCUGUCAUCUACACCUCUCUCUCUCCCCGUGGGGACCUCGCCCUAUGCGCUAGUCGCUCAUUUCAGGCACAAAGCCUGGAUUCCACUGUCUUUCUGCUCUCUCCGCGUAAUCUCGUACACCACAUUGCCCUCCUCGCUGUCGCGUCGCCGUUCACCUCUCCGCUCUCAUCGGGGGGUCUUCAGGGCGGUCCGGCCGCGUCGGCCUGCGCUGCACUGCGAUGACGAGCGGACGGCGUGCCGAGGCUACCAGAGCGGACUGAGUGUGCGACGUCGCCACGUUGCAUCUCGGUGCAAGCUGGAAGAAACAGGGUCAGGCAGAAUGCCGCCUUGGCUGUCACCUCUCGCGUACUCUCGACGAGGCGGAAGAUGGCGGCGGCGGCGGCGGCGGCGCCACUUGCACAGAUCGCCUUGCCAGUGCCAGGGCUAGGGCCUCGGGCAUCGGUUUAGCCUGGGCUGGCCCGCGUCCCAAGGUGAAUAAUCACGAGCGCGCGGCACCCGGCACGCCGCCGUACGCCGUACGCCGUGUUUAACCUCUCCACUGCCACGUCCGGCUCGAUCGGGAAUGACCCGGCGAUCGCCCAUGUCUACCAC